CUCAUUUUGUGAUGCCUGUCUUAAAUUCAUUUCACGCUAUCUUCCACGGCCAUGAUUAUUACAAGUUGACAAAAAACCAUCAACGUAACAUUCCCAAUUUCCCAUUCUUCCAUCUCCUUCAACAAAACCUUAAGCUAGCCUUCUGCUUCUCCUAAAUCCACCCUUUACCAUAACCCCAUCUCCUUAACCCAGCAAGCAAAAAGAAAAAACACCAUUACAGCUCUCUUUCCCUCUUUCCAAAAUGGACCUGAGUGUUGUACCCUACCAACAACAACACCACCACAAAUCUGAAACUGUCCAUGACCAAGAUGUCGACAUAGUACUCCACACCAAACCUAUCACCACCAUGAUCUCCAACCCCAAAGCUACUAAAGACCCUUGCAAAAACGUUGUCAAGUACAAAGAAUGCAUGAGGAACCACGCUGCUUCCAUUGGUGGCCAUGCCAAUGACGGUUGCGGUGAGUUCAUGCCACGUGGUGAUGAUGGCACUCGUGAUUGGCUCACUUGCGCUGCCUGCGGUUGUCACCGUAACUUCCAUAGAAGGGAAAGUAGUACCAAAAGACAGCACCAACAACAACUCCUCCUCUCUCCACCACCACUACAACCACAUCAAUUUCUCUUGUAUGGUGCGCCCACUACUAAAAACAUGAACCCGGUUCAUGAUUUCAUGUCGCGCCCUCAUGACGAAGAUGACGAUGAUGACGGUCUUGAUGAUCUUGAUAAUGAUCGACGGUCAGAGACGCCUGAGAGAGGUGAGGUGAAUGUGGUGGGGUCAGGAGGGAAAGGGUUUAUGGUGAAGAGUACUUCUGGCAGCAGUAACAAGAGGUUUAGGACAAAGUUCACGCAGGAACAAAAAGAGAGGAUGUUGGAGUUUGCUGAGAAGAUAGGGUGGAGAAUACAAAAACAUGAUGACAUGGCUCUUAAUCAGUUUUGUAACGAAAUCGGUAUCAAAAGAAACGUGCUAAAGGUUUGGAUGCAUAAUAACAAGAAUGCCCACCGCCGUAGAGAUGGUGUUCCACCAGUGUCUGCCGAGGCCCCUCCUCCUCUUCCGCCUUCAGCUCCGCCUCAGCCUGUUGGAGUCUAGUAAUUAUUAUUGUUCCACUUUGAUCUUUAAUUCCUUCCAGUGGUCUCUUUCCUAUUCUCUUUUUAAGACCUAAUUAAUUAUCACUACUAUUUUUUUUCUUUAUUCA